GUAGUUACAAGCUUUUUUUUUUCGAAAAAUGAAAUUGCUAAGAGCCGCAAAACGUGUAAUUAGUAGUUCGAGUCAGCAACAACUAGGUGUGAUAAGUGCAAUUGAGGAGAAUCAUUGUAAGGAAUGGGCAGAUGCCGUGCCCUAUGAAGAGGUCCCCGGACCCAAACCUUUGCCUUUUUUGGGCAAUACGUGGAGAUUUAUUCCUUUUAUAGGCGAUUUCCAAAUCGAACACAUCGACAAAGUAUCAAAAAAAUUAUACGAAAAAUAUGGAAAAAUCGUCAAAAUGCAGGGCUUGCUAGGGCGCCCUGACAUGCUCUUCCUCUUCGAUCCCGACGAAAUCGAGAAGGUUUUUCGCCAGGAAGACACUCUCCCCUAUCGCCCUUCCAUGCCCUCCCUUAAUUAUUACAAACACGUCCACCGAAAAGAAUUUUUCGGCGACAAUUGUGGCGUAAUCGCCGUACAUGGGGACAGGUGGCAGAACUUUAGGACGAAAGUGAACCAAAUAAUGUUACAACCGCGAGUUACUCGAAUGUAUGUCAAGUCCAUUGAGACGACAUCCCAAGAAUUGGUCGACAGGAUUGAAGUGAUCAAGAAUAAGAAAAGCGAAGUGCCUGAUGAUUUCCUCAACGAGCUUCACAAGUGGUCUUUGGAGUCAAUCGCCAAAAUCGCACUUGAUGUCCGACUGGGUUGCCUGGACCCCAACGCCCACCCCGACACCCAAACAUUGAUUAACGCCAUCAACACCUUCUUCAUGAAUGUCCCGAUCCUGGAGCUGAAAAUCCCAUUUUGGAAAAUCUGGAAUACUCCGACUUUCAAGGAAUAUUUGCACGCCUUGGAUACAAUUCGAGAGAUAACACUAAAACAUGUUGACAUUGCGUUGCAUAAAUUAUCCCAAGACGAUUGUGAAGAGCUUUCAGUGUUACAACGAGUUCUAAAAAUGGAAAACGAUGCCAAAACAGCAUCUAAUUUAGCGCUAGACAUGUUCCUCGUCGGGGUUGACACCACCUCAAACGCGGUAGCGUCGAUCCUCUACCAGCUCUCCCUGCACCAGGAAAAGCAGGCAAAACUUUAUGAAGAAAUCGCAAGUCUUCUACCGUGCAAAUCCACGCAAAUAUCUCACGAGAAACUAGACCAAAUGCAUUACCUGAAAGCGUGCAUUAAAGAAACCAUGAGAAUGUAUCCGGUGGUGAUUGGUAAUGGCAGAUGCACAACGAGAGAUCGGGUAAUUGGAGGCUAUCAGAUACCAAAAGGCGUGCAGGUGAUAUUUCAACACUGCGUCAUUAGCAACCUAGAGGAGUACUUUCCACGAAGUGGUGAGUUUCUCCCAGAGAGGUGGCUCAAAAAUUCGGAACUGUUCCGCAACCAUCAUCCUUUCGCAUCGCUACCGUUCGGCUUCGGCAAAAGGAUGUGUCUGGGACGGAGGUUUGCGGACUUGGAAAUCCAAACAGUCAUAGCCAAGGUUGUGCGUAAUUUCAAAAUCGAAUACCAUCACGAUAAGCUUGAUUACCAUAUUCAUCCCAUGUACACUCCCUAUGGACCUUUACGACUGACGUUUAUUCGCCGACAGUAAAGUUCAAGACGAUCAUUAUUGUUACUUUUUUACAAUA